GAACUGGUUGGCCUCGGUCGGUCGGUUGGGGGUGUGUCUGUGUGUGGCUCGUAUCUCGGGCCUGUGGGUUGUGCUAUCUGCUCAUAUAGUAAGUAUAGUAUGGCGGCCGCGGAUCCCCGGUCCUCAAGUGACGGCGGGCCGGCCAGCCGGGGCGGAUUCCUGGCCGGGGAGAGCAGGGACGGUCGCGACGGCGCGGGCGGCAGCAGCAGCCGCGGUGACGGCGAACGGGACCGAGCCACGUUCGAGUGCAACAUUUGUCUGGACACAGCUAGAGACGCCGUCAUCAGUAUGUGCGGCCACUUGUUCUGCUGGCCCUGUCUUCAUCAAUGGUUGGAGACACGGCCCAGCCGGCAGCAGUGUCCUGUGUGUAAGGCGGGAAUCAGCAGAGACAAAGUCAUCCCGCUGUACGGCCGAGGCAGCGCCAGCCAAGAGGACCCCAGGUUGAAAACUCCUCCUCGGCCUCAGGGACAGAGACCAGAGCCCGAGAGCAGAGGCGGGAUGUUCCAGGUUUUUGGUGACACCGGCUUCCACAUGUCUUUUGGUAUUAGUACUUUCCCCUUCGGCUUCUUCACCACAGUCUUUAACGCCAACGACCCCUUUCACAGUGCAGAUCACUACGCCACCGACCACCAAGCCAACGGCAACAUGAACAACGGCAAUAACAACUGGCAAGAUUCACUCUUCCUGUUCGUGGCCAUCAUUUUCUUCUUCUGGCUGCUGAGCGUGUGACACAGAGGAACGACCGGGGGGGGGCGGGUGGGAGGAGGGUGUUGGGAGAGAGGAGCGCGCAAACUCACACACUUAAGUCACAGACACUCACGUCACGUUUCCAUGCAGGUCCUGACAUCGGAGAGCCAAGUCUAACCGUAAACAUGACAAAGUCUGGAAUGAUUUUUUUCUCCCUCUCCUCAGAAACCAGGAUUCAGGUUCAGAUACAUGGCCCAGUCCAACUACCAGAAAAAUAAAUAAAAGUGUUGCGCCAAUUUGAAAUACUUGCAUUGCCCCACCCUCUGUCCUCCUGUAAAUACAAGCAGACAGAUGUCCUGGUUGGUGUGCAGGUUUUAGCAGUUCUGACUCUGGAGUGGGAGAGUCAGACUGGGAGUCAGUAUUAUGUGAUCAGGGACGUGCGCACAGUUCAUCUUAAACUGAGGAAACAUGUUGUGUAGGAUUUAGACGGGGACGCGAGAACGUCCUGGUGACUGUUGUAGCAUUAAUUUUCCAAAAAGGCCAAAGAGAAGAAAAUGAGGGUAAAAUAAUAAUAAAUGUAGUCCAUGCUUAGUUUAAUCAACAACAACAAAAAAACCUAUCCCUUGAAAAGAGGACAAAAUGAGAAAUCGAUUUUUUUUUUUUUGUCUUAAACUGCCAUUGCACUGUGAAUCUUUUUCUAGGUGGAGCCAUCCUAGGGAAGGUGUUGGUGUUGAACCACCGAGUUGUUGCUAAUGAACAGGAGCAUUGGUGAGCACGCCUGUAAAAGAAGAGUUUAAGGUUUUAAUGCGGCUGUUUGAGUUACAUGCGAACAGAUAUUACGGUCAAAUGAAAAUGUGCUACACGUUACAACAGUGUAACAGGCAGCAGGAAACAAUCGGCACAUCAAGUGAGCGUGAUAAGUAUGAAACACGUGUCAUUUGUUUUCCUGCACUGUGUCUGUGUGUAUACAGUAUAUUUGUACAUAUGAAUAUUCUAAAUGCUGUUUUCUGGUGUGUGUGUGUAGUUCUGAUUGGAUGACCAGCCACAGAGGACAUAAAAUGUCAGUAAUAAUUCUCAUUUUUCUGGAGUGCCGAAAUUCUUCCUUUCAUCAAGAAAACAUUUAGAGUCUGAGUCUGACAUCCUGCCAUCACGUCUACUAAGAUAACAAAAUGUUCCGUUCGUGUGAUUUCAUAAGCAGGGAGGUGAAGAUUCAGCUCGUUUGGAGAUUGCUCAGUGUGAGCUGUCAGAGGUAACAAAGUCCUCUGUAGGAACGCUUGUUUUUUCAUUCUGUCUGUUUAGCUGUACUCAUUUCAAGGCUUAUGAUGGGACUCACUGCUGUACAUUCUGACAGACAAAACCUGCAGACGUGCAAAAUAAAAUGAAUACAUUAAAUUCAGUUUAAAAUCUU